CCGAGGAGGCGAAGCGUCACCACCACCGAAUAGGCGUCUCCGCGUGCUGCCUGGAUACAGUUCUGGGUUAGAAGAUGCCGAACUGCAUGAUGCGCCUGAUUUGACAAAUUGUAUAUUUUCUGAUAUCAUUGACGCACUUUUGUGGUCCUCUACUUCUAGCUUUAGCUGUCAAUGUCCACCAUUCGUUUUGGUCGUUUUUUAUUUUUACAUUUCAUACCAGUAUGUUCCCUUCGUGCUAUUCAAAGCCGACGAGUUCAAAGGACCUAUUCAAAAGGACUUAUCUGACAAAGAUAUUACUAGGAGUGUUCGUCGUGUAUAUGUCACACACCUGCUGUGUGAUUUAUGGCUUUGUGUACACCAAGCCGUGUGAGAGAGGUAAAGGAGACUGCAUUUCUUCCUACCUUGCAGAAAGACCCCGUCUCCAGCUCAGCAUUUUCUCCAGUUUGAGGCCUGACCACAGUGAACUCAACCUCAUCAUCAAGAUAGAUGACUUUGACAUACAUUCUAAAUUUGAAAGGGUGGUGAAUGUAUCCCUGCCGUUGGCAACACGUAACAACGGGACUCUGCACACAUUGGUUUAUGUACACAAGUUUGGAGUGUCUCCCUUGCAGGAUAACCGUCAGGUCCAUCAUGUUGCCCAGCUCAGCACCUACAUGAUGUCCCGAAAAAAUCUCAGCUCUGCUAAAGAGGUCCUCAAAAAACAUGCUGCCACUGCUCCUCGAGUAGUAGACAGACCCAUCUCUCACUGGAGGUCCCGUCUAACCCUAAACAUGAUGUCAGAGGACUUCACCUUCAACAGAGGGACCUUGCCAAGUGAUGUCCGGCGCUACAUGAGAGUAUAUUUUGUCUCGUGUUUUAGAUUUCAGGAUGAGAACAGGAUGGUAUAUCUCCCACUUUUACAUAUUGAUGAACUCAGCGUCAGGGUAAAGGACAUGAUGGAGAUUAACGGCUCCACAACCAAACUACCUCUUACAAUAUCCUACGAAGGCCUAUCGCUGAGGCAAUUCCGUCUCUGGAUCCACAUGCAGGAUGUAAUGUUUUCACUGAAACGUUUUGGGUUCACUGAGGUGAAUAUAGAUGAAAUCAAAGGUGUUCUUGUGGACAACAACUUGUACCUGUUAGCAUUGACUACCUUGGUGACUGCAUUCCAUUUCAUAUUUGAAUUCCUGGCCUUUAAAAAUGACAUAAGCUUUUGGAGGAAGAAGAAAAACAUGGUGGGCAUGUCUCGCAAAACAGUGCUGUGGAGAUGCUUUAGCACCAUAGUGAUUCUCCUGAAAAUGCUGGAGGAACGAAGCAGCUUGCUAGGUCUCAUUCCUGUUGGAAUAGGAACCACAAUUGAGGUAUGGAAGGUCAAACAGGUGUCCAAAAUACAGCUACAGUGGAGAACCUCUAGGUCUAUAGUUCAUGUUGGUAAAUUUGAUGAGUCAGAGAGAAAGACUAUACAACAUGACACACAGGCAAUGAAAUGCCUGUCUUAUUUAGUGUACCCUCUGUCUAUUAGUGGAGCCAUCUUCUCUCUGGUAUACCUGAGGUAUAAAAACUACUAUUCAUGGUUAAUCAACAGCCUUGUCAGUGGGAUUUAUGCUUUUGGAUUCCUCUCUAUGGCUCCUCAGCUGUUCAUUAACUUCAAGUUGAAGUCCGUGGGCCAUUUGCAAUGGAACGUAUUGAUGUAUAAAGCAGUCAAUACAUUCGUCAACGAUGCCUUUGCCUGUGUCUUCAGCACACACCCAUCCCACCAGCUGGGCUGCUUCAGGGAUGAGAUUCUGUUUCUCCUCUACCUUUACCAGAGGAGGCUUUACUCUACAAACAAGACCAGAUGUCGUGAGUAUGGAUCAUGCCACCACAACCACAGGAAACUCAAAGCCCAAUGAUGACUGAGGUCAUCACCAGAAAACAUGGUUGAAUGAAGGAAACAUACCUGCACAUGGUGGGGUUGUAAACAGCAUGGGAGGCUCUCUGAGGGUGCAUCAGGGUUUAUUACAAGCCUUUAGUAAAGUUCAGAACUAGUUUUGUAAGUAGAGAAUACAGCUUAUUUUCAGUCAACCUUGUGUUAACCACUGAUAUUUCCAUGUGUUAGAAGUUUGACCAACCCGUAUGUAGCCAACAGAAGCAUGAACCUUUUUUUAGUGAUACAUAUUGAUUACUGCAUUGUUAGGUUUGAGGCGAGCAAUAAAGGCAUUUCACUGUACUUGUGGACAUGACAUUAACACUUGAAAAAGGAGGCUGCCCCUCGCCCUGCCUGCACUGCUCCAUGUUACCAGAUAUAACCAGUAUGUAGCCUACUGAAGCAUAAAGCUGCCCCUCGCCCUGCCUGCACUGCUCCAUGUUACCAGAUAUAACCAGUAUGUAGCCUACUGAAGCAUAGAGCUGCCCCUCGCCCUGCCUGCACUGCUCCAUGUUACCAGAUAUAACCAGUAUGUAGCCUACUGAAGCAUAAAGCUGCCCCUCGCCCUGCCUGUACUGCUCCAUGUUACCAGAUAUAACCAGUAUGUAGCCUACUGAAGCAUAAAGCUGCCCCUCGCCCUGCCUGCACUGCUCCAUGUUACCAGAUAUAACCGGUAUGUAGCCUACUGAAGCAUAGAGCUGCCCCUCGCCCUGCCUGCACUGCUCCAUGUUACCAGAUAUAACCGGUAUGUAGCCUACUGAAGCAUAAAGCUGCCCCUCGCCCUGCCUGCACUGCUCCAUGUUACCAGAUAUAACCAGUAUGUAGGCUACUGAAGCAUAAAGCUGCCCUCGCCCUGCCUGUACUGCUCCAUGUUACCAGAUAUAACCAGUAUGUAGCCUACUGAAGCAUAAAGCUGCCCCUCGCCCUGCCUGCACUGCUCCAUGUUACCAGAUAUAACCAGUAUGUAGCCUACUGAAGCAUAAAGCUGCCCCUCGCCCUGCCUGCACUGCUCUAUGUUACCAGAUAUAACCAGUAUGUAGCCUACUGAAGCAUAAAGCUGCCCCUCGCCCUGCCUGCACUGCUCCAUGUUACCAGAUAUAACCAGUAUGUAGCCUACUGAAGCAUAGAGCUGCCCCUCGCCCUGCCUGUACUGCUCCAUGUUACCAGAUAUAACCAGUAUGUAGCCUACUGAAGCAUAAAGCUGCCCUCGCCCUGCCUGUACUGCUCCAUGUUACCAGAUAUAACCAGUAUGUAGCCUACUGAAGCAUAAAGCUGCCCCUCGCCCUGCCUGCACUGCUCCAUGUUACCAGAUAUAACCGGUAUGUAGCCUACUGAAGCAUAGAGCUGCCCCUCGCCCUGCCUGCACUGCUCCAUGUUACCAGAUAUAACCGGUAUGUAGCCUACUGAAGCAUAGAGCUGCCCCUCGCCCUGCCUGCACUGCUCCAUGUUACCAGAUAUAACCAGUAUGUAGCCUACUGAAGCAUAAAGCUUCCCCUCGCCCUGCCUGCACUGCUCCAUGUUACCAGAUAUAACCAGUAUGUAGCCUACUGAAGCAUAGAGCAUCUCCUUGCCCUGCCUGUACUGCUCCAUAUAGUCCUCAAGGAGGCAGUGUUGUCAGCCCCUUUCUGUACUGUUUUCUGCUUGUUCUUUCAGUCCUCUACUUCCUGUUUGAGAAUAGUACAUGUAUAGAUGGGUGCUAAAGGCGAGGAAUGAGAAACAUGUACAAAAGAUGGAGUAAUGUGAAGUACAGUGAACUCCUGAUAAAUCCAAUGUCUUUGGACAGUCAUAUGUGAGAGCUAACCGGAACAUGCACAUAACCUGUAUCUAUCCAGGCUGUAUUUGAAAUGGGACGAUUGAGCUACAAUGCACUAAUGAGGUUUUUUGCACUUUGCAUACAAUGCGCACUUAUCAGGAAUCAACUGUACUUUUAAAUAAUGAAGAUACUGUAAGGUCUUUAAAAAUUAAGUAGGAAGCGUAGCCUGAUGUUUUUGAAUCACAUCCAGGGUUUAUGGAAUGACUUUCCUCUUUGAUUAAAUUAUUACAAUUAAAUGA